AUGUUCUUUGUGUUUGGAUUUCAGACCUACCUCCUUGCGGAUGAAGACAUUGGAGGCAGAAAGUCUACUAAGGCAAAAGAGCUCGGGGUGAAGUUCCUUACAGAGGAUGGCCUCUUCGACCUCAUCCAUGCUGCAGCAAAGAAGCAGCCACCUGCACCAGCGAAAUCACCCCCGGCUAAACAGCCUCUGGGUGCAGGUGCUGUUAUUCCCUUAAUCAUAGAUAAGGGUCGCCCUGCUGACGAUAUCAAGCCUGAUGCUGACCGACUCCCUAAGAAGCUCAAGACAGAUGCAUCAGCUGAUGCAACAACCCCAGCGAGCAAGGCGGACGCUGGUGCAGCGAGGCCUGCAGCUGCAGCGAGAUCCGGGCCAGUGGAGGUGGAGUCAUGGCCACAGAAGUACGCUCCCAAGAGCACAGCAGACAUCAUUGCAAACCAAGGCCUGGUGAAGCAGCUGCAUGACUGGCUGGCAGGCUGGGAGGCGAGGCAUCUGGGGCAAGGAGGGGCCAAGAAGGGCAAGAAGGGCGGGAAGGGUGGAGCAGGUGGAGGAGGAGGGGCGGCAGGAGGGGACAUGAACAAGAAGGCAGUGCUGCUCAGUGGAGGGCCGGGCAUUGGCAAGACGACUACAGCUCGCCUUGUCUGUGCCGCUCUUGGCUUCUCGCCUCUCGAGGUGAACGCGAGUGACUCUCGAGGGAAGUCGGACGCCAAGAUCCGCAACGGCAUGGGUGGUGCCACGUCCAACACCAUCAAGGAGAUGAUUUCCAACACCACUCUCCGCUUCUCCCCCGCCUCCAGCACCACCAAGGGCAAGCAGCAACAGCAGCAGCAGGUGGAUAAAGCCGCUCUGAUCAUGGACGAGGUGGACGGCAUGUCGGGGGGCGACAGGGGUGGCGUGGCGGACCUGAUAGCGAGCAUCAAGGAGAGCCGUGUGCCCAUCAUCUGCAUCUGCAACGACCGCUACAGCCAGAAGCUCAAGAGCCUCAUCAACCACUGCCUGCUCCUCAACUACAGGAAGCCCACCAGACAGCAGAUGGCCAAGAGAUUGCGGCAGGUGGCAAAUGCUGAGAAGAUCCAGAUCGCUGAUAAUGCCCUGGAGGAGCUAGCGGAGCGCACGGGCGGGGACAUGCGGCUGGCGCUGAACCAGCUGCAGUACAUGGCGCUGAGCUGCCGGCAGCUGUCGUACCAGGAGGUGAAGCAGCGCAUGCAGGCCAACGCCAAGGACGAGGACAUCCGCCCCAUGGCCGCUGCUGACACACUGAUGGGGUAUGGAGCGCGUGGCAAGAGGUUGGACAUUCUCGUGGAUGCAGCCAUGUCAGACAUCGACCUCAUGCCGCUCUUCAUCCAGGAGAAUUACCUGAACCACGUGCCUGGCAACGACCCGUCAUCUCCUCACCUACUCGCUCGCCUCUCCCAAGCGGCCGAUGCCAUUUCCAGUGGGGACCUGGUGAACGUGCAAGUGCGCAGAUACCAGCAGUGGCAGCACCUGCAGUUCGCUGCUGUCAUGUCCUGCAUCACUCCGGGCUUGAUGGUCUCUGGACGAAGGGUCACUCUUCUAGAGGGCGAGCGGAACUUCAAUCGCUUCCCAGGCUGGCUGGGGAAGAACUCGUCCGUGGGCAAGAACUACCGCUUGCUGGAUGACCUGCACCAGCACCUCCUCUCCUCGCAUCUGCUCCCCAACCCAUCAAGGCAAGUUGUUCGCCUCGACUACUUGGAGCCCCUUGUCUCCUCCCUCACACGGCCUCUGCACAAACACGCACAGGAUGGAGUGGAGACUGUGGUAGAGGAGAUGCUGGAGUAUGGCCUCACACUGGACGACCUUGACACGGCUGUGGAGCUCUCACACUUCAAGGGUCAUUCUGGUCCAAUGGAGGGAGUGCCAGCGCCAGUGAAGGCUCGGCUGACACGGGAGUACAAGAAGGAGCAGCAGGCACACAAGGCCAAGUCUGCUGCCACUCUGCCGCCUCUGCAGCUGCCAGGGGGGCGUGGGAAAGCAGGUGGUCGAAGCAAGACGGCUAAGCUGCCGGGUGGAGGAGGUGUGGAUGAGCCUUCACUUUUGCAAGCAGACACUGAUCUUCCUGUGGCUGUUGAUGAAGCCCACUCUCGGGAAAUGUAUGAGCCUGAGGAGAGGAAGCGCCUUGCUGUCUUGACAGCCCUCUGCUUCUCACAGCGGUUCACUGGUCUGGCACCUGACGUCAUUUUCAUCGCCCUCCUCAAUGACACGCUCGUUACUAAAGGCACCUCGCUGGGCUUCAUUACGGACUUUUUCCGUGUCUAUCUGGUGGAGACCAACAUGGAUGACCUUGUGGGUCUGCUCAAGAAAGGAAAGGUCGAUCAGCGUCUAAUUGAGUUCAUGCCCUCUCAGAAGCGGACUCCUGACGCAUUUUCGCAACACUUCAGCAAUGAGGGCCUGAAGGCAUUGGCGGAUUACCAGAAGAAGGUGGUGUUUGAUGUGAAGCUGAAGGAACUGCACACAGCUCUUGCUGACAUGAUUGAAGAAGAGCAUACGGAUGUGGGUGAUGUGAUCGACAUGGUGAAGCAGAGAAAGAAGGAGGGCGGCCUGGCUGAUGGUGAUGUUGUUCGCACAGUUUGGGAUGCAGUCAUGGGGGCUGUGCAGUGGUCAGGCAAAAAUGUGCAGCAGAAUUCCAAUACAGCCUUGCGACAGCUCAAAUCCUGGGCGAAGCUAUUGGAGGCGGUUUGCUCCUCUGCCAAGAUGGAGCUGGAGCUGCUUUACCACAUUCAGAUGCAGUGCUAUGAGGACGCUAAGAUCCAGCGCCUCUUUCCCGAGUUCGUCAGGACCCUCUACGAUUGCGAUGUGCUGGCAGAGGACACCAUUUUGCUUUGGUUUCGCAAGGGUUCCAAUCCUAAAGGAAGGCAGCUGUUUGUCAAGGCACUCGAGCCUUUUGUCAAAUGGUUGGAAGAAGCAGACGAAGAAGACUAA